AUGUCCCUAUGGACCGUUGGAUCAAAUGAUCCAACGGUUCAUAUACACUCCCAAACUGAAAUGAGAUUAGAUCCAUCUCCUCCACCAGCGCCCACCCAUCAACGACGCCUCUCAUCAUCGACACCACCAUCUCUCGCUCAUCUCCACCAACGCCUCCACCAUCAACGCCUAUUAUCGUCUCCACCACCGUCUCCCGUCAUCUCCACCAACGCCUCCACCAUCAACGCCUCUUAUCGUCUCCACCACCGUCUCCCGUCAUCUCCACCAACGCCUCCACCAUCAACGCCUCCUAUUGUCUCCACCACCAUCUCCCGUCAUCUCCACCAACGCCUCCACCAUCAACGCCUCCCUAUCGUCUCCACCACCGCUCUCCCGCCUUCUCCACCAACGCUGCCUCCCCGCUCGUCUCCAUCAACACCAACGCCUUCUCCGAUUUCUUUUUGGGAGUGUAUAUGA